UCGUGUUUAUUAUGCUUUUUAGAAGCAGACUUCACAAUCAUAACCUAUGUGUGACUAUUUCAGAAAACUAUAUUCAUGAUACCAACAGUUCCAUGGGCAACAAUACGAAGACACAGACGUAGAAACCGUUCUAAAAGGACAUGCAUCUACGAUGUAUCCUCUCUACAACAGGCAAUAUGAGGGGGAUCACAAUGAGAUGAGGGACAACAUUCAUAGAAGAAUAUGUCACAGUUCUUUCAGCUACUCAUCUUUUGAUGAUGAAGAGGAGUUGGAGGGUGAAGAACAGGUGAAGGCACCUGCGGAGGAGGAGUGUUCCCACAAGAGUGAAGAUGUGUCACGUGUUUCUCCACUACCCAGAACCACACAGGUGGUAUUUGAGAUCCAGUCGGGAAGGGCUGUGCCUCGCCUCAGGGAGCCCCGACACCUGUACGGUGUGUCUGGACAUGUGUCCCAAACACUGCCGCGCUGGCCCCACGAGUGGGAGGUCAUCCCGGGGGAAAUUCAGCAUAUUGAGUGGGCUCCUCCCUUCCCAGAGCCGCUGUGUGCUCAGAUGAACACCAGCGAGUGGCUGAGACCAGAGUCUGAAGAGGAAGGCACCGUUGUGUAUGACACACAGAGAAAUAAAGAUAACUACUUCCUCGGUUCUCGUGUGGGGGGCCGUCGCUCCUCCCUGACCGCUGCUGCUGUGUCUCUCUCUGGCCCCGAUGACAUCACUCUGCUGUUCGAGGGACGCUUUGAGAGUGGCAACCUGCUGAAAGCGACCAGGGUUGGUGAAUUUGAUUAUGAGCUCUCCCUGCGGACAGACCUGUACACAGAGAAGCACACUCAGUGGUUCUACUUCCGGGUGAGGAACACGAGGGCGGGGGUUCGUUACCGCUUCACCAUCACCAACCUGCUGAAGGUGACCAGUCUGUAUGAAGAGGGGCAGCUGCCUCUGCUCUACUCUGAGGAGGAGGCCCGGAUCCAGGGGGUGGGCUGGCACCGCGUGGGCCAACAGGUCUCCUACCAACGUAACGGGCGGCACCACGCCGACCAGCCCUGCUACUCCCUCUCCUGGACCUUUUGCUUCCCUUAUGACCAGGACACCUGUUACCUGGCCCACUGCUUCCCUUACACCUACUCCAACCUGUGGGCCCACCUGUCCGAGAUCGAGCGGGACCCCCACCGCUCGCGGUUCUGUAAGGUGCGGACUCUGUGCCGGUCGCUGGCGGGUAACCUGGUUCCGGUGCUGACGGUGACCAACCCAUCCCACCGUGAGGACAGGAUUCACAAGCCUGCUGUGGUGCUGACCGCCCGGAUACACCCUGGGGAGACCAACAGCUCCUGGGUGAUGAGGGGUAUCCUGAACUUCCUGCUGGGAGACUCUCCGGAUGCGGCGCUACUCCGAGAUGCCUUCGUCUUCAAGCUGGUGCCCAUGCUGAACCCGGACGGGGUUAUAGUAGGAAACUACCGCUGCUCGUUGACCGGACGUGACCUCAACCGCAACUACAAGUCCAUCCUCAGAGACUCCUUCCCUACCGUGUGGGCCACACACACCAUGGUCCAGAGACUGUGUGAGGAGCGUAAGGUGCUGCUGUACUGUGAUCUCCAUGGACACAGCCGUAAACACAACGUCUUCACCUACGGCUGUGAGAACCCCCGGCCCGCUGACAGACACCCUCACGAACGAGUCUUCCCUCUGAUGCUCAGCAAGAAUUGCCCUGACAUGUUCUCGUUCGGGAGCUGUAAGUUCAAGGUACAGCGCAGUAAGGAGGGAACAGGCAGAGUGUCUCUGUGGAGGCUGGGGGUCCUCAACUCCUUCACCCUGGAGACAUCGUUCUGUGGCUCCAACAUCGGUAAGAGGAAGGGGACCCAUUUCAGCACUCAGGACCUAGAGAUGUUGGGGGCUCAGUUCUGUGACACACUACUGGACUACUGUGACCCGGACCGGACAAAGUACAGCGCGUGUUUGAGAGAGCUACAGGAGAUCAUGAGACAGGAGGCAGGUUUGCCAAUAGACAACAAGCCUACAGAUACCUCACUGACCGACCACGAGGCCAGCACCAGUGGAUCCAACAGCUCCCAGACGGAUGGGCCUCCUGCUCACCUCCAGGCCUUCAACAAGAUGACGUCCCGUAAGAAGCUGAAGUCCAAGAAGGAGAGGAACAGAUCUCCCCUGGUCAGAGCCAGGGAGAGAGAGGAAAAUGGGGAUAAUGGUGUCAAAAAGACGUUGAAGAAAAGCAAAUAUGUAUUGAAGCCUUCGGAGUACCUGCAGCACCUGAUGGCUGAUUAUGUGAGGAGCAGGAUGCAGUUGACCCUCAAUGGCUACGACUGGGGUCCUUGCCAGUGCCCCCAGGUCACCCACCUGCCCCACUCACAGCUUCCCCGGGACAACAGAGACGGGGAGCGACUGCCCGGCCUGACUAAUCUGCCUGUAGGAGACAAGUCCAUCCGAAGGCUCUCCCCAGUCCAGUGGAGAGGACCCACAUCCUACACCGCCCCAUCCAGCCUGCAACUCCCAUCCAACAGAUUCCCUCUACUGCCUCCUGUAAGGGAGUUUGUCUCUGAGCCUGAGGAGCUACCCAGCAUGUCAGCAGGGAUGGAAUGGCUGUUUCUGAGACCACCCUGCCCCAUAUUCACCCACCUGGGGACCGACUCAGUCUCAGGAGCCUGUUUCCAAAGCACAAAAAGAGGAAGAGGAAAGUACCUGAAGAAAUGAAAAGAAACAGAUCGGUACAUCAUCAACACAACAAGACCACAUCAGGAACCUCGUCGAUGAAUG